CCAGUUCAGCCCCUGCUCCAUCUCCAACAUCGUGUCCUCCUGGGCCCAGUACGAGUGCCUCAAGUACGUGUCGUUCCCGACGCAGACGCUCUUCAAGUCGUCCAAGGUCAUCCCCGUCAUGCUCGUGGGCAAGUUCUUCCACAAGAAGAACUACCCCUGGAUCGAGUACGUCGAGGCCGUCGGCAUCACGCUGGGCGUGGCCCUCUUCAUGCUCACGGAGAAGGCGAAGAAGGGCGGCGGCGACGGCGCGGGCGACUCCGUGCUCGGCGUCCUGAUCCUCUCGGUCUACGUCUUCUGCGACUCCUUCACGUCGCAGUGGCAGGACCGCGUCUACAAGACCUACCACGUGGACCAGUACGCCAUGAUGUUCGGCGUCAACUUCUUCUCGCUCGCGUUCACGGCCUGCAACCUCCUCGCGACGGGCGAGAUGGGCGAGAGCCUCGCGUUCCUCGCGACGAACGAGGCCGCGCUCGUCAACGUGCUCACGCUGUCCUUCACGUCGGCCACGGGCCAGCUCUUCAUCUUCUACACCAUCAAGAAGUUCGGGCCCAUCGUCUUCACGAUCAUGAUGACGACGCGCCAGAUGCUGUCCCUGACCGUGUCCUGCCUCGUCUUCGGCCACUCGCUCGGCCCCGGCGCCGUGCUGGGCACGGGCGUCGUCUUCGGCGUCCUCUUCUACCGCACGAAGCGCAAGUACGACGCCGUGUCGCGCGCGUCGGGCUAG